GCACUUUUUUUAAAUUGAAUACAUUUUAAAUUUAUUCUUAAACAUACUCCUAAAAUCCUACAACUUAAAGCUUCUGCAUAAAAUUUGCCAAUGAAAAUACAUAAGAGAGGGUCAAGUAGUGGCUAACACGGAUACUGUGUUCGGAUUUAAUGGAGACGCUAGAUGCUGGCGGUGGCUACCCCCGGCCCAUCAGGCCCGACAAGACCCGUGUUGGCUGGAUCGGCACCGGUGUGAUGGGGGCCACCAUGGCCGGUCGUAUCCUCGCCGCCGGCUACUCCCUCGCUGUCUACGCGCGCACGCCUUCCAAAGCGGCUGCCCUUGCUGCCGCCGGCGCCCGUCUCGCCUCAACCCCUGCCGACGCUGCUAAAGGCACCGACGUCGUCUUUACCAUGGUUGGCCACCCCUCCGACGUCCGUGCCACGGUUCUUGACCCCGUCUCCGGUGUUCUCGCCGCACUGUCCGCCGGCGGCGUAAUCAUUGACCACACAAGCAGCCACCCUGCCCUAGCGCGAGAGAUCGCCGCCGCUGCGCUUGCCCGCGAUUGCUGGUCAAUCGAUGCGCCCGUCUCCGGCGGCGACGUCGGCGCUCGGGACGGUAAGCUAGCGAUCUUCGCGGGCGGGGAGGAAGUAAUAAUACGAUGGCUGACGCCUCUGUGGGAGAUACUUGGGAAAGCAACGCCGAUGGGGGGACCAGGGAGUGGGCAGAGCAGCAAGAUUGCGAACCAGAUCACAGUAGGGGGUAGUCUACUGGGGCUAAGCGAGGCACUGGUUUUUGCGCGGUCUGCCGGCCUUGACGCCGGCGAAUUCCUGGCGGCGGUGCGAGGUGGAGCAGCGGGGUCGGCGGCGAUGGAGAUCUGGGGGGAUCGGGUAAUAGAGAGGGAUUUCCGGCCAGGAGGAUUCGUGGAGUAUAUGGUUAAGGAUUUGGGGAUGGGUUUGGAGGAUGGUGAUGGCAGCGAUGAAGGAUCAUCGCCGGCGGUGCUUCCAGGGUCGGCUCUGUGCCGGCAGCUGUAUCAGGCGAUGGUGGCUAAUGGAGAUGGGAAGAUGGGGACGCAGGGGCUUAUUACUGUGAUCGAGAGGAUCAAUGGCAAGUAGAGAACGCUGGAGUUAAAAAAGUAUAGAUUUGGAAUGGUUUUUUUAACAUUUGGGUUUCUCUGUGUGAUGGAAGAUGGAAACGCCUGCAAGUUGUUUGAUGGUUUGCUUAUAUGGCAUAUAUGAUGAUUCUGUAUCAUAUUAACUUGGAUAAUAACCGCCCAAGUUUGAAGGUUUUCUUUUUUUACUUCUUCUAAUGUUUUCAUGCCAAAGGGUUCUCACAAAACUCAUUUUUACAUGCUACAGCAUUUCUAUGGCUGUUCAUUCAUACCAAAGAGCUGUUUAGUUGCACUAUUUAACUAUGGCUUCGCUCAAUGGAAAUAAGAUUUGUUAAA